AGGGUGUGUGCGCCCCGGCGGGGCGACUGAGCAGCAAGGCUGUCUGCUGCCGUGAGCCCCGGGAUAGGCAGAACAUCCCCUUGGAGGCUGAGCCGCCACAAUGAGGUCCUGCCUGAGAAGGUCCAGCCGCCUGGGCCGAGGGGCCCAGUGGGCCUUGCUCUUGGCUGUGCUGGUCUUCUUUCUCAUCAUCCUGCCUGCCUUCGUGAGGGAGCCCGACAGGAAGCCUUCCAGGUACCGGCACCUCAAGAACAUUCAAGGAAGGUUCACAGAACUGCUACUGAAGGUCAAGUCCCAGGUGCCCACCGUGCAUGGGAGGACAGCCACACACGGCGAGUCAGCGCCAGAGAACAGCACCCGUAACACGCGACCCACAGCCCACAGGGCAGGCCACAGCAGGCCGGAGAGCAAUGAGGCCCAGCCCAAGGAGCCCAGCCGAGUGCCCAGCACUGCACACGCGGCCCCGCCUAACAGUCAGGAGACAGAGAAAACCACAGUGCACCUGCCGCCACCAACAGGGCGGGACACAGCCAUGGCCCCUCACAGGACAGAAGUGACACCACGGGACACGAAGACAACCAAAGGGAGGGAGGGUCAGGACGGGAAGCCGAUGGCUACGAGGCCGGGGCCAGGGCCGCGUCAGGACAAAGCGGCCACGUCGGCCAAGACACUCAUUCCAGAAGGUCAGGACAGAACACUGACCACCCCAGGAGCAGUGCCAACAAGGGAGAAAAAGAGAGGACCGGCCAGGGCAGUCGUCCCACCCAAGGAGAAGGCCCAGACCACACCGCCCCCGGCUCCUUUCCAAAACCCCACCACCCAAAGGGGCCCAUCACUGAAGGCUGCCAACUUCAAGUCCGAGCCCCACUGGGAUUUUGAGGAAAAAUACAGCUUGGACGUGGGGGGCCAGCAGACGACCUGCCCUGACUCCGUGAAGGUCAAAGCCUCUAAGUCGCCUUGGCUCCAGAAUCUCUUUCUGCCCAACCUCACCCUCUUCCUGGACGCCCAACGCUUCAACCAGAGUGAGUGGGGCCGCCUGGAACACUUCCCGCCGCCCUUCGGCUUCAUGGAGCUCAACUUCUCCCUGGUGCAGAAGGUCGUGACCCGCUUCCCACCCGUGCCGCAGCAGCAGCUCCUCUUGGCCAGCCGCCCUCCCGGGAGCGCCCCGUGCAUCACCUGUGCCGUGGUGGGCAACGGGGGCAUCCUGAACAACUCCCGGGUGGGCUCGGAGAUAGACAGCCAUGACCACGUGUUCCGACUGAGCGGCGCCGUCCUCAAAGGCUACGAGGAGGACGUGGGCACUCGGACGACCUUCUACGGCUUCACCGCCUUCUCCCUGACCCAGUCGCUUCUCAUCCUGGGCAACCGGGGUUUCCAGAAUGUGCCUCUGGGGAAGGACAUCCGCUACCUGCACUUCCUGGAAGGCACCCGGGACUACGAGUGGCUGGAAGCGCUGCUUCUCAACCAGACUCUGAAGAGAAACAGCCUUUUCUGGUUCAGGCGCAGGCCCCAGGAAGCUUUCCGGGAAGCCUUGCAGCUGGACAGGUACCUGUUGCUGCACCCCGACUUUCUCCGCUACAUGAAGAACAGGUUUCUGAGGUCGAAGACCCUGGACACGGCUCACUGGAGGAUAUACCGCCCCACCACUGGGGCCCUCCUUCUGCUCACCGCCCUUCACCUCUGCGACCAGGUGAGCGCCUACGGCUUCAUCACCGAGGGCCACGAGCGCUUCUCGGACCACUACUACGACAAGUCGUGGAAGCGGCUGAUCUUCUACAUCAACCACGACUUCAAGCUAGAGAAGGCGGUCUGGAAGCGGCUGCACGACGAGGGCAUCAUCCGGCUGUACCAGGGUUCCCAAACGGCCAGAACCGAGCGCCCCCUACAGCCUGGGCUGUAGCAGUGUCCUCACCCGCCCGGAGGCACCGGCGCGGCAGAAUCCUGAGACGCAUCUGCAUCUGCGCAUGUUCCCGGGACCCAGGCCAGGUUCCAAGCCCUUCCAGUACUUCCGAGGUAGCAC